AAACACAGCAGGCUGUUCCAGAAUUUCCCUGAUGACCUCAUGACAUCUCUAGCCACCGAGUGCAUCACCUUGCACAGUCACAAAUACAGCAUCACAGUCGAGAGUUUUAAUAAUAAUGAGAAUUUAAGAAAAUUCUAUAAGAUCUUGAGCACCAACACUGAUGGGGAAGAGGAGUGUGUCUCCACUAUAGAAGCCUACGACCUUCCAGUGUAUGGCACAGUGUGGCAUCCAGAGAAAAAUGCUUUUGAAUGGGGCAAGCCCUUCUUCCCUCACUCGCCCUCUGCUAUCCAAACCACUUUCUACUUUGCACACUUCUUUGUUAAUGAAGGUAAGAAAGGAAGAAACUGCGAGGGUAUACACCUUCAUAUUAUUUUGUUCGUACUGGUUGUUUCUGAUCUUAAUUCUUUAUCUCUCAGCAAGGAAAAACUUCCAUGCCUUUCCAAGUGCAGAAGAAGAGAGAAGAUCCUUAAUCUACAACCACUGUUCUCAGAACAGUUCAGAAAAUACACCCUUCCUUCAGACCUUCUACUUUGACUAGAUCUUUAAACCUAAUUAUAAAACAAUUGGGUUCUAUUGAAUUAUUUAGCUGUUUCUGAUUGGACGAGAGACGUUCCAUGA